AAUCUUUUUCAUCUACAAAAACCCUAAAAUCAUACCUACAAAGUCUUAAUUUAGUUUCAAAUUCAUGGCUUUAAUGGCGAGAUCGAAGGUUAUUUCUUAUGGACGUUUAAAAGUAAGAAAUCUUUACACCAUAAACCGAUCAACGUUUUCUCAAAACACGAAAACCCUUAACGGUUUUCAUAUGCUCCCAACCACGACCACCACGGCUUGCCAACGACGAGCGUUUUGCAAACUUAGCGGUAAUCAAGAACCCCUUCCGCCACCACCUCCACCACCUCCACCGCCAUCUCCGCCUGCUUCGAGUUCUUGGGGAAAAUGGACGAUGGGAUCAAUAUUGGUGACGAUGGUUAUACCCUUUAUACAAUUUAAAGAAGAAGUGGACGUGGUGAUGGAGACAGCGGAACAGGUGAUAGAUGUUGUGGAAGUGGUGGCGGAAGCGGUGGAUAUGGUGGCGGAGAAGAUCGCCGGCGAUCUUCCAGACGGAAGCAAGCUGAAAACAACCAUGGAGGCUGUUGAAGAUAUGGCGGAAACAGUCGCCGAAAAAGCUAAAAAAGCGGUGGAUUUCAUCGAUGAGGUUCAGGAAACGGAGCAGAAGUUGAUGCCAAAUGUCAAACCAGUCCAAGAAGGAACACAAGUGGCUCCUUGAGAAGCACGUCGAUCCGACGGUUGACAAAAUAUGUCGAAUUCUUUUAAAAUUAAUUAAUGGUAGAUGAUUAGUUCUUUAAUUAUUCCUGUAGACGUAUUGAUAAUUGACCUACUAACAGAAAUAAAAGAAUGAUAUUCUAUUUGUAAAUAAACUAGUUGUAUAUUCGUACAAUGCAGCAGGAUGUAAAAGCU